UAUCCAAAUAUUCUACCUCGAGAUGGAGGAACAAGCUAGACCCAGAAUUAUGGAGCUUCUCAUUCCACACAAAGAGGCUCUUGUGCUGAUAUUAUUGUUGGUGGAAUCAUGGAAUCUAGCAGAUUGUUAUGACCCUUUGGAUCCCAAUGGAAACAUCACAGUUACAUUUGACAUCUUUCAGUGGACACAGGAGGGAUAUAUGGCAAGAGUAACUAUCCAAAACUACUACCAAUACCGGCAUGUUGAGAUUCCUGGCUGGAGUCUAGGAUGGACAUGGGCUGAGCAAGAGGUCAUCGAGUCCAUGGCUGGUGCUCUUGCCACCCAGCAAGGCGACUGCUCCAGAUAUAAAUACCGUACACUUCAUUGCUGCAAGAGAGAUCCAGUCAUCAUCGAUCUCACGCCGGAUGCGGCGCCUGAAAACCGGACAGCUAAUUGUUGCCACAGCGGCAUUCUCUCGGCUUGGGCCAUCGACCAGUCUACUUCCUUCUCAUCUUUUAUCAUGGUUGUAGGAGGCCUCGAUCCAAAGGCAGCACCCCAGAAGCCCCAGAACCUCACAUUCCUAGCACCAGGCUCAGGCUACACUUGUGGUCCAUUUGAGGUGCAUACUCCUACAGUGUUCUCAGUUGUCGAAGGGAGAAGAGAAGAGCAGGCUUUCAAGACAUGGAAAUCGGCAUGCACCUACUCUUCAUUCGUGGCGAACAACGCACCGGCUUGUUGCGUCUCACUGUCGACAUUCUACAACCCCAAAAUCACGCCCUGCUCAGUCUGCAGCUGUGGCUGCCAGGCUUCAGGCAACGAAAGACCAACAUGUGUCGGAGACAGCGAGAUGAAACGAUUGCCAGGAGACGAUAACUCGGUGGGCUGCAGUGAUCACAUGUGUCCAGUCCGAGUUCAUUGGCAUGUGAAAUCUAAUUAUAUAGAUUACUGGAAAGUGAAGGUGACGGUGUCGAACUACAACUUUGCUUCCAAGUUCUCUAACUGGAACUUGGUAAUUCAGCACCCCGCUUUCGGCCAGCGUACUCUGUCUCACAGCUUCAACUCUACCGGACUUGCUACCGUGGGGAACAUGGAUGAGGCAGCCAUUUUUUGGGGUCUAGAGUACUACAACAAGGAGCUUCUGCAGGCUGGCGACAAGGAACCUGGCUCGGUCAUGACAGAGAUGGUGAUGCAUAAGGAUCCUGAGUCAUUCACAUUGAGGAAUGGCUGGGCUUUCCCUCGAAGAGUCUACUUUAAUGCAGAAAUCUGUGAAAUGCCAAUGCCAGAUGACUUUCCAAGACUGCCAAACACUAGUUCCCGUCCCUCAAAUGCUUGCUAUCUUAUCUUCAUUCUAUCCUUCUUGAUUCUUCUCUUCCAUUAGAAAUUUUAAAGCUGGCUUUGUAUUAAUAAAAGAACUGCAUGUUUAGAUGUCUUAAACGUUGUUAACCUACAAUAAAAAAUGUAUCUCUACAUGCAUGCAUGCAUGCAUGCAAUAAUAUCUCAUCUUUGUACUGCUAACCUUUUAUCAAUUUGAAUAAGAAGUUA